AUGUCGUCCAGCAAAGAAGGCAAAACUCUUAAAAUCUAUACAAAAACAGGGGACAAAGGUCGAUCUUCCACAUUCACAGGUGAGAGACGACCAAAAGAUGACACCAUAUUUGAUGCGUUAGGCUCAACUGAUGAACUUUCCUCUGCAAUUGGCUUAGCAGCAGAGUUUUGUCAUGAGAAAGGGCAUACGUUUGAUGGGAGACUCCAAAAAGUCCAAUGUGUUCUUCAAGAUAUUGGUUCUAACAUUGCAACACCGAAGUCAAGUGCCAAGGAAAUGCAAUUAAGUAAGUGGAAUUCUAAAUUUGAGAGUUUAAAAUUUAUUCUCAUUAUUUCGUUUUUCUUUUUCAUUCAUCUCUCCCUCCCGAUCUCAUUUUCCUUCUCUUUCAUUCUUUUAUUUACCUUCCUUCCUCCCCCCCUUUUCAUUUGUUUUGAUCUUACAUUUUUCCUUCAUUACUUCAAUCUUCAGUUUUCCUUCUUUCCUCCAGGUUUUCAUUUUUCCUUCCUUUAUCUCCUCUUUCCUCCCAUCUCUUUCAUUUUCCUCCUCUUUCCUCCCAUCUCUUUCAUUUUUCUUCUCUUUUCCUCCCAUCUCUUUCAUUUUCCUUCUUUCCUCCCAUCUCUUUCAUUUUCCUCCUCUUUCCUCUUAUCUCUUUCAUUUUCCUUCUCUUUGCAUCCAUCUUUCAUUUUCCUUCUUUCCUACCAUCUCCUUAAUUUUCUUUCACUUUUCUCCUGUCAUUUAUUUUCCUUCUCUUUCCUUCCAUCUCCUUCAUUUUCUAGCUCUUUCCUCCCAUCUCUUUCAUUUUUCUUCUCUUUUCCUCCCAUCUCUUUCAUUUUCCUUCUCUUUUCCUCCCAUCUCUUUCAUUUUUCUUCUCUUUUCCUCCCAUCUCUUUCAUUUUCCUUCUCUUUUCCUCCAUCUUUCAUUUUCUCUUUCAUUUUUCUUCUCUUUUCCUCCCAUCUCUUUUCAUUUUCUUCUCUUUUUUUCUCUUUCAUUUUUUCUCUUUUCCUCCCAUCUCUUUCAUUUUACUUCUCUUUUCCUCCCAUCUCUUUCAUUUUUCUUCUCUUUUCCUCCCAUCUCUUUCAUUUUCCUUCUCUUUUCCUCCCAUCUCUUUCAUUUUCCUUCUCUUUUCCUCCCAUCUCUUUCAUUUUUCUUCUCUUUUCCUCCCAUCUCUUUCAUUUUCCUUCUCUUUUCCUCCCAUCUCUUUCAUUUUUCUUUCUUUUCCUCCCAUCUCUUUUCAUUUUUCUUCUUUUCCUCCCAUCUCUUUUUAUUUUCUUUCUUUUCCUCCCAUUUUUCCUUCUCUUUUCCUCCCAUCUCUUUCAUUUUUCUUCUCUUUUCCUCCCAUCUCUUUCAUUUUCUUCUCUUUUUCCUCCCAUCUCUUUUCAUUUUCCUUUCUUUUCCUCCCAUCUCUUUCAUUUUCUUCUCUUUUCCUCCCAUUUUUCAUUUUCCUUCUCUUUUCCUCCCAUCUCUUUCAUUUUCCUUCUCUUUUCCUCCCAUCUCUUUCAUUUUUCUUCUCUUUUCCUCCCAUCUCUUUCAUUUUCCUUCUCUUUUCCUCCCAUCUCUUUCAUUUUUCUUCUCUUUCCUCCCAUCUCUUUCAUUUUUUCUUUCUUUUCCUCCCAUCUCUUUCAUUUUCCUUCUCUUUUCCUCCCAUCUCUUUCAUUUUUCUUCUCUUUUCCUCCCAUCUCUUUCAUUUUCCUUCUUUCCUACCAUCUCCUUAAUUUUCUUUCACUUUUCUUCUAUGUCAUUUAUUUUCCUUCUCUUUCCUUCCUUCUCUUUCAUUUUCUUGCUCUUUUCACCUAUCUUCUUCAUUUCACUUCUCUUUCUUUCUCUUUUCUCACAUCAUUUUCCUUCUCUUUCCUCCCAUCUCCUUCAUUUUUCUCUUUCCGCCCAUCUUCAUUUUCCUUCCAUCUCUUUCAUUUUCCUUCUCUUUCCUCCUAUUUCCUUCAUUUUCUUUUGCUUUCCUCCUCUCUCAUUUCUCUUUCCUUCAUUUUUGCUUCACUCCUGUAUCUUUUCCUUCAUUACUUCUUUUUCUCAUUUACUCUGUUAAUUCCUUCCUUCCUUCCUUCCUUGAUAUUUUUCACAUGUUUUUAA